CAAGCGUUCUGAUUCAAGAUUCUGUACGAUGUGAAAUUUUAUUAAAGUUAGUGACGUGUUACCGGCUUUAGAUCACCAUUGUCUCACAAUGUGCAUGAUUUGAGACAAGAUCGCAUUGUUUGCAGCUUCGACAAGAUCUCGUCAAUCGUUCGCGACCAACAGAGUCGAGUGUAUCGCAUCUGAGUAGGUUGUACUCUAGCGAAUUGUUUCAUCGAUAAAUAUUAAAUUUGAUAUUUUGGUACAAUAGAUAACUUACGAAACAAUCAAAAUGAUCUGGACGUGGUGCAUUGGAUUCGCUGUUCUUUAUAUCGUUGUCAAAUUCUGGGUUCAACGAGAUCAACCACCAGGCCCUGUUGGAAUCCCUUUAGUGGGUUAUUUACCAUUUAUUGAUGCAAAGAAACCAUAUGAAACAUUCACGCAACUAUCCAAAAAAUACGGACCAAUCUAUGGACUAAGGAUGGGACAGGUGUACGCCGUUGUUCUUUCAAAUUAUAGCCUAAUCCGUACAGUGUUGGCGAAGGAUGAAUCAACAGGCCGUGCUCCCCUUUAUAUAACACAUGGUAUCAUGGGUGGUUAUGGGUUAAUCUGUGCGCAAGGUGCUUUAUGGCGAGAUCAGCGAAAACUAUCGAUUGAAUGGCUGCGCCAACUAGGUAUGACUAAGUUUAAAUGUACACGGGACAGCCUCGAGAAAAAAAUUUCCUCCAGUUUAAACGAAAUGAUAGAGGACAUUGCUGCCAAUACAAGUGUUGGUGUUGGCGGGUUUGAUCCAUCCGCUACUAUACAUCAUGUUCUUGGAAACCUUAUGAACGAUCUGGUUUUUGGAUUGAAAUAUGAAAAACAAGAUGAAACAUGGCAGUUUCUCCAGCAUUUGCAAGAAGAAGGAGUAAAGCACAUUGGCGUUUCGAUGGCAGUCAAUUUCUUACCGUGGUUAAGAUAUUUCCCAUCCACUCGACGUACGAUCCAAUUUCUGCUGGAUGGUAAAACUAAAACACAUACAAUCUAUGAUGCGAUUAUAGCUGAAAAGCGUCAAAACCUGCAGUCCUCGGCUACAUCUGAUACAAAUAGUGAAUGCAUUUUGAAAAGCUUUUUGGAAGAAUCAAUGAAUCGUAUAAAUGCUGGAAGAGUUGACGCCUCGCAUUGCAGCGAUGUACAACUUCGUCACUUGAUGGCCGAUCUUUUCGGAGCUGGUGUGGAUACAACGUUCACUACUAUUCGCUGGGCUUUGUUAUACAUUGCUCUAUAUCCGACGGUUCAGUUUCAGCUCCGACAAGAGUUGGAACAGGCCUUGACCACGAAUAAGGCUCCUACUCUCGAUGACAUCGAAUUACUGCCCUACUUACGGGCUACUAUAGCUGAAGUACAGCGUAUACGAACAGUUGUACCUGUUGGGAUACCACACGGAACUACGAAGGAAAUGAUGAUAGCUGGCUUUCGGAUUCCUGCCAAUACCAUGAUCAUGCCACUGUUGUGGGCUGUUCAUAUGGACCCAGAUAACUUUCCCGAUCCGGAAAAGUUUAAACCGGAAAGAUUUCUCGACAAAGAUGGAAAAUUCUCAGUUCCCCACUGCUUUCUUCCUUUUCAAUCGGGUAAACGUAUGUGCCUGGGAGAUGAAUUAGCCCGAUACAUUCUGCAUCUUUACGUUGCUAACUUACUUUUUUGUUGUGAGAGGUUCGAUAUCGUACAGGAAGACGCAUGCGUCAUUGAUAUGACCGGAACAUGCGGAAUUACACUAACCCCUCCAACAUACCGAAUGAUGUUUCAUAAAGUAAAACAUAGUCGAGAGCACUUUUAA